UACCCAAUGAAGAAUAUUAUCCCGUUAAUGUUAUAUCUUUACGUUACACACCUGAUCUUAAAAUUUUACUGGAUCUCAAACAAAAGGACAAUAGUAACACUGAUUGCCUUAUAGAUGAGUUUUCACCUGCAGAACUCCAAUUAGAUUAUUCGUCACAGCAAUCCCGCAAAUUAUCUACGAUUGAGGAAAAAACAGAGCUAGUAACUACAAUCAAAGAAUCAAAAUUGGCAAGUCGACUAUUUCGUCCCACGUCGACUUUGAGCAAAAGCUCAUCGUCUGAUGGGUCAAAUGAAUUGGACAUUAAAGAUUUGGCGGCUUCGGAAGAGGAAAAGAUUGACCAGGAGGACAGUUUUGUGACAAAACAAAAUCGUCGUGUAUAUAAUAGUAUAGACGCAUUUUCUAGAAUUCUUGAAGAACGAGAUAUCAAUGUGUUAGCCACAGAAAAGAAUGGGGAAGGUGAUGGGAACAGUGAAAACAAAGAUAUUUCAAAUAAUUCUACAUGCAGAACUAAUAUCAACCUAUCCAUACCCACCAUUUUUACUUCAGAACAUUCUCCAACCGACAUUUCAUCAAUUUUGCUUCCAUCCAUAUCAGACUUAGAUUCAGUCCAUUCAGAUAAAUCAAUAUUAAGUGAUACAUAUAGUGCUAUCAAAGAUGACCAUUCAGACGUAUCGGUAUCUUUAUAUCCAUCUCCAGUGCCUAUUUCUAAUGUCACACCAUUAAGAAACUUCAAAGAUGGAAGAAUUA